AUGGUCGCCUGAGGAGCGCCAGCUGAAACCGCCUACGUCAUGAAUGGUUAUUUCCCGCCGAACCCCAUGAUGGCGCCCUAGGCAAAGCUCCCCGGCACAUGCAUGUCUUCCCUGCCAUGAUACUUGAGCCCUUCGUUUGAAGUCACCCACAUACGGUCAAGAUGCCGGGCUUGGUGCGCAAGCUUCUGAUCUUCGCCGCUGCGGACGGCCUGAUCCUCCAGCCCGCACCUCCGCGCAACCACCCGCCCACGACGCAGCAAGCUAUAAAGAUCGACUAUACGGGCAAAAUCGCGCCGCUGCUCAAGGACAGGCGCGAAGAGGACACCACGCCCGUGUCGCUGGAGGCUCAUGGAAUAGUUGGCCUACUGCAGGUUGCCAAAGCAAACUUCCUCGUUUCCAUAUCCGAACGCGAACUCGUUGCGCAAAUACGCGGCAAGCCCAUAUACACCAUCACCGACGUUACUCUCAUACCCCUCGCGUCCCAGGAAGAAGCGAAUCGGGCCAUCAUUCAGGCCAAGGAGAGCCUGAAGCGGCGCAAAGGGAACCAUGACAGUGAUGACGAUGACGAGUCUUCAGACGACGACUCUGACAGCUCCUCUGAUCACAUUACGGUCGACGAGUCUCUACCAACCACCCCGCCGUCAGAGGCUGAGAAGGACGCCACGGCUGCUACGUCCCGCAAGAGAACAAGUGUCGCCCAGGAUGUGAUAGGCCGGAAGGGAGUUUAUGGGAGGUUCGCACAGAAAUGGUUCUCGAAGAAAGGCUGGAGUGCAGAGCACAGGCGCAUGCAAGGAAUGAGCAGCGACGAAGAUCUUCCGCAGAAGCAGAAGCUCAAGACUGAGACACCCAAUUCCGAGAUACCAAAGACGGAUGCACCAAAGGCGCCACAGGAUGACGCAGAGGCCGAGCCUCAGUCUAUGUCCCCUUCGGAGGAGAGGAAAGACGCUGCCGUGAAACCAACACAGGAACUGGAGAGUAACUUGCCGAUGCCCUCCGGAAACACAACCAGCACGUUGCUUCCGAAAAUCCUCAAGACCACGAAGCUAUACUUCAGUAGCAAGAGCUUCUUCUUCUCAUACGAGUAUGAUUUGUCGAGGAGUCUUGCCACCCAAAAUGGCGCCUCUACAUCCCUUCCGCUGUACAGACUCUUUGAUCCCGUAUUUUUCUGGAACCAGCGGAUUGCCGCUUCAUUCAUUGAGGCUGGUCAACAUAAUUUCGUGCUGCCACUAAUCCAAGGGUUUGUCGGCCAGCGUGCCUUCUCUGUCGAUGUGUCCGCGACGAGCUCUGAGGCAACUGUUGCAGCAUCAGCCUCAGAUCCGCGAGAAGUCGUCGCCGCACAAGAUGAAGCGAGGAGACCAGGCUCACCGUCCUCGCCGACCAAGUCUGGAUUGGCCUCCCCUCAAGUCACUAAUCUGUCCGUGCAAGGCUCGAGAAAGAAGGAUUUCUUGAUUACCUUAAUAUCGCGACGUUCCGUGAAGAGGGCAGGCUUGCGCUACCUUCGACGUGGUGUUGACGAGGACGGGAACGUUGCCAAUAGCGUGGAAACUGAACAGAUCCUGUCGCCGCAAUCAUUUGAUUCCAACAGCGGCAAAAUCUAUUCGUUUGUCCAAUUCAGAGGCUCCAUACCGAUAUUUUUCUCGCAGUCUCCGUACAGUCUAAAGCCCCUUCCCCAAUUCCACGGUUCCCCUGAGGCGAACUAUGCUGCUUUCAAGCUCCAUUUUUCCAAGCUGGCAAACAAGUACGGAGGGGUCCAGGUGGCCUCGCUUGUUGACAAACAUGGCAACGAGGCAAAGAUCGGUGAAGAAUACGAGUUCACUGCUAGCUUGCUGAAUGAGCGUGGUGGUAUAGAUGGCAAGGGAAAGGGGCUUGGAUUCGAAUGGUUUGAUUUUCACAAUGUCUGCCGUGGAAUGAAGUUCGAGAAUGUUUCCAUGCUCAUGGAUGCGUUGGCUCCAAACAUGACUUCUUUCGGUUGGACCGCUGAGGAGCACGGCCUGUUGACUGGCACACAAUCCGGUGUACUCCGUACCAAUUGCAUGGACUGCUUAGACCGCACAAACGUUGUCCAGUCUGCAUGUGGCCGCAACGCUCUUGAGCAGCAGCUCGCAGAACAGCAUAUUGGCAUCGAUCUUCAGAACGACCCCAAGACUUCCUGGUUCAACACACUGUGGGCAGACAACGGAGAUGCAAUUUCCAAACAGUACGCCGGCACCUCCGCGCUGAAGGGAGACUUUACGCGGACUCGGAAGCGCAACAUCACGGGCGCGCUCACGGACUUUGGACUUACGCUGUCGCGCUACUACAACAACAUCGUUAACGACUACUUUGCGCAGGCUGUCAUUGACUUCUUGCUUGGACGGGCGACAGAGUCCAUCUUUGAUGAUUUCGAAGAUGACAUGAAGGCUCAGGACUACGCCAUCGAUCUGCGCAAGGUGCGAGAGAUGGCCAUUUCUCGCUGCUCCGAGCUCGUGAUUGAGGACGCCGAUGAAGACUUCAUCCACGGCUGGACGCUGUCAUGUCCUGCUAAGGGCAACACGUUGCGCGUACUGCCGUUUGAAGAAUGCGUGCUGCUGUUGACGGAGAAGGCACUGUACUUCUGCCGCUUCGAUUGGGGCACUGAAAAGGUGCGCGAGUUUGAGAAGAUCGAGCUCGAGAACAUCACGAAGCUGUCCAAGGGCACGUACAUCACCAGCACGCUCGCGCCCAGGCACAUGGACGAGACGAAGAACGUGGGCUUCGUCGUCGAGUACAUCCAGCAAUCCGACGCCGUCCGCAUCAACACCCGGAGUCUGGCCAACGAGAAGAGCGAAUCCGAAGCCCAGGCCCGCGCACAAGCCGAGGGCAAAACGAAUUCUGAGACCGAGAAUAACAAAGACGACUCCGACGGGGCUCAACGCGAAAGCAUUGCGGAGGGUGUGACGGAGGCGUCGAAGGCCAAAGCCGAGACUGAGGGCAAGGGCACGACGUCGGAGAAGGAGAAAGAGAAAACAGGUUCCCAGUCGGCACCGGUGCGCCGCUACCUAGCCUUCAAGGCGCUGCCGCCCAAGUCGAGCUUCGCGACCGCCAGCGGACCGGACGACGGCGAACAGCCCAGCGAGCCGCCCAGUGAGCGCGAGCUUGUGAGCAUGAUUUGCGCAGACGUACAGCGCGCGGCUGCGGAGGUGCGGGGGCAAAAGAAGGGGAUACAGAAGAAGAGGGCGAGUGUGAGCGAGGGGGGAGAGGAUGCAGAGGCGGAUCCGCUGGUGGCGAUUGAGGAGAGGGAGAUAAUUAGUCUGGCCGAGGCGAAGAAGAGCACGGGGUAUUUGGAGCAAAUUGGGUAUUCGUUAAAGAAGCUGGUUUGGGCAUAGGUUGAAGGAGAGGAGAGGGGAGGGGUGGUGGAUUCGCAUUCGCAUACGCAUUCGCGGUGGCAUUUGCAUCUUUUGGGAUUUGGGUUGGUUUGGGGUCUCUUCUUUCUAAUUCGCACCUUUCGGCCUCUCGCGCGACGAGUGGUAUCAUUUAACGAUAUCCGAGUAAUAACUAAGCCUUAACAUUCCUCACAACCAUUCUGCGCCAUCUUUUCGCCGAAAAUAUACUCCCCGGGGCAUUCCCCCC